AUGAUAAUUGUAUUAUAUUUAAAAAAGAAUGUGUCAUCAGAGACAGAGCGUGAGCGCCACUUAUUAGCCUACCAGAUCAACCAUGCCAUCGUCAAUGGGAAGUUUCCUGUCAGCAAGGAAAUGGCUGUGCAGCUGGCAUCUAUACUGGCUCAGGUGGAAUUUGGAGAUUUUCGCCACCCAGAGAGCACCAACCAAGGAGAGCGCACCACUCCGCCUAAUUCUUCCACUCAGCUGCCUGUCAUCAUAGAGAGAUUCUACCCCAAACGCUACAAAGACAAGAACUGUACAGAGGAGGAUAAGACACUUUUGAUGUCAAAGAUAGCAGAGAGGUGGGCCAGUUUGAAGGGAAGAAGCAACCACGAGUGUGUCAGAAUAUAUCUCACAGCUCUUAGGAAGUGGCCUUUCUUUGGAGCAGAACUGUUUGCAGCUAAGGUGGUUUCAGCAGACAUCAGAAAAGUUUGGUUGGCUGUCACUGAUGAUGGGGUGGCCAUACUAGAGUAUGGAACUAUGCAAUAUGUGACAUCAUACAGCUACAAGGCCGUUGUGACAUUUGGAGGCUGCAGGGACGACUUCAUGUUGGUUGUCAAUAGAAAACAAGAUACUUCUUCAAGAACAGAGCAUAGAAGAAAGAGGACUUGCAAAAUUCAGUUCCAUAUGCCUAAGCUAAGGAUCCUUGAGUUAACCUUACUACUGGCCAGUUACAUUAAUGCCAGGAACCAGGUACCAACCUCUACACGCAGUCUGGACAAACAGAGCAGCACCAGCACACUCAAGAAGAAAGGUCAACUCCAAGGCCAUUGAGGAGGAGGGAGGUCAACUUCAAGGUCAUUGAGGAGGGAGGUCAACUCUUAAGGUCACUGUGAGGGGAAUCUUAAUCUCAAAACUACCGGAAGGACAAAGGUCUAAGCGCUAAAUUGGGAAAAAAAUUCAUAAAUCAUCAACACUUAUUUCUACUGUAUCUUAUGAAUGCAAAACUGCCUUUUUGUUAAGGAAAACUCAGAUAGGUUUUUAUUUUUUCAUAAAUGUCAUUGGAGAUGACUUCCAAAUUUGACAGCUAAUAUGAUAGAUAUAUGGAAAAGGAAAUAUUAGUUUUAUGUUGUUAUACUGGGGAUUUGAAAACGUUUGAAAAAAACUCCCAGAAAAUUGCAUUUCUUGGUACAUCACCAAAAGGUACAUGUAU